AGAGAGAGAGAGAGAGAGAGAGAGAGAGAGAGAGAGAGAGAGAGAGAGAGCUAGCUGCUGACUCAGGACUUUCUCUCCUCCGUCCUCUGUCUCGGACUGAAGCGGCUGCAGAGACGUCAACGAGGCACAGCUAUGUUGGGUGUCCUCGUCCUUCUGUCCCUCAUCUCCCUGGUGGCCCUGGUGCCUCCUCCGAGUGCUCCCACUGUCCCCUGCAGACAGUGCUGUGAUGACCUGGAGCCAGCAGAGGGCAGCGGAGCCCAGCCCCCUACAGGAGGGUACAACCAUGUGCCGGAGGUCCGCACCUACAUCAACAUGACCAUCCUCAAAGGUGACAAAGGAGACCGUGGCGACAGAGGAACGCCAGGUAAAGCUGGACUAGAAGGCCCUCCAGGCUCCAGAGGUCCCAUGGGCCCAAAAGGCAGCAAGGGCCCGGCAGGUCCCUCGGGAGACCCCUGCAAAGUCCAGUACGCCGCCUUCUCCGUGGGCCGUCGCAAAUCCCUCCACAGCCUGGAGUCCUACCAGACGCUGGUGUUCGACACAGUCUUCGUCAACCUGGACGACCACUUCAACAUGUUCGAUGGGAAGUUCCUGUGCCACGUGCCGGGGGUCUAUUUCUUCAACGUCAACAUCCACACGUGGAACUUCAAAGAGACGUAUCUGCACAUCAUGCUCAACGACAGAGAGCAGGCUAUUGUUUACGCCCAGCCCAGCGACCGCUCCAUCAUGCAGAGCCAGAGCUUGAUGCUGGAGCUGGGCCUGAAGGACGAGGUGUGGAUCCGCCUGUACAAGAGGGAGAGGGAGAACGCCAUCUACAGCGAUGAUGUCGACGUCUACAUCACUUUCAAUGGAUACCUCAUCAAAGGCAGCACGGAGGGAAACUGAGGAGGAGACUCAGCUGCAUGGAAACAAAUUGAACUGACAUGGCAGCAGAAUGCCAUUCACUGUAAAAUAGGUCUCUCCUUCCUUUUUAUUAGAUUUUUUUUUUAAAGAGUUCAGAAUCUUCUGCAGUGGUGCUAAAGUCUAAAUGGUUGUCAGAGAAUAAGAAAUACUUAUUUGAAAUAAUGUGAAGGAAUAAACUUAAUACUCUCUGCACUCUCAGCAAAAUUGUCUGAAUUUUAAAAGCAGAUUAUUUCUCUUAUUUAGCUCUUUAUAAGCCAUAUUUACAAGCCGGACUCCAGAAUACUUGGGGCACUGCGUAAAACAUAAAUAAAAACAGAAUGCAUCAAAUUCAAAAUGACUGUAUAUAUUUACAAAAGCUUUCCACUUUGAGCAAAAAAAAUGUGUCUUUGUGCUGUAUUCAACCCAAAGUAGGUCCUAACGAAUUGGCAUUGCAUUAGUCGAUUUUUCACAGCAUGAAAAAAACUUUCUUGGGAAUCCGUGUUAUACAUUUCUUGUGAAUGAGAGUGUAAAGAAACUUUUUGACUUAUUGGUUUUAAAACGAAAUAAUCAGGGAUGUGGACUGUUAUUGAGUUUUGUGCAUGGUGCUAAAACAUGGUGCUAACUGAACUUUUAAGUAAGAUUUCAUGUAAUGGAUUAACUAAUGCUUUCUUGAUUGAAUAAUGUUUGGUGUAAAAAGUUUGCUAGAAAGACUCAAACAAUUUUCAGCCCCAAAAAAGCUUCAAUGUAGUUAUUUCAGUUUUCUUAUUAUCUGUACUAAUCACACUAAUGUUUGUACAUGGUUUUUACGAUAGUGUUUAUAGUGGAAAUAACGUUGGAUUGUACCAAAAGCUACAAACAGAAAGCAGUUCUUCACCUGAGGGAAGGAUACACAUGAUUUUAAACGCUUGUGUCAAUCCCACUUGUGGUCAAAACUUUCACAAUAAAACACGCUAAACAGACA